AUGCCCGUUCUAACGCGCAGCAAUCGGCCGGAGGAGCUGUUCAAAGGUUCGAAUGGAACGACGAUCAAACCGACGCUCCACCAAUCGCGAACCCGUUUCCUUCCGGUGGAGUUUGAUCGCAAUGGUAAGCUGUACGCAAAACCGGAUCCAGACCGACCCGCGCACAUUCAGGACUACUAUAAGCUACGUACGGAAUGCCUUCGCAACAGGACGCUUUUCGAGGAUCCCGAGUUCCUCGCUGACGACUCUUCGCUCUAUAUCCCGGACGAUUUGAGCUCACCGUCCCCUUACAAGUGGCUACGUCCACAUGAAAUCAGCCCCGAGGCGGUAUUCGUCUCCGAUGGAUUCUCGCGCUUCGACAUCCAACAAGGAGAACUUGGGGACUGCUGGUUGCUGGCGGCCGCCGCCAAUCUGACGAUUUUCCCGGUGCUCUUCAACCGAGUCGUGCCGGAGGAUAAUGAUGCGAUUAAGGGUGGCCGAAAAGGCGUGGACUAUGCGGGCAUCUUCCAUUUUCGCUUCUGGCGUUUCGGCCAGUGGUACGAUGUGGUAGUCGACGAUCGGCUACCGACGUAUCGCGGCAAGCUGGUCUAUAUCAAGUCAUCCACGCAGAACGAAUUCUGGAGCGCCCUGCUGGAGAAGGCGUACGCAAAGCUGUUUGGUUCAUAUCAAGCACUGAUCGGGGGCUCGGCCAGUGAGGCAAUGGAGGACUUCACCGGCGGACUUACGGAAGCCUACGAUAUGAAGGAGGUGCCGAAGAACCUAUUCGAGAUGAUUGGGAAGGGCUGCCAAAGUUACGCCAUGUUUUCGUGCAGUAUUCCAGCACCACCCCGCGAGAUGGAGAUUACGACGGCUCAGGGACUGGUCAAGGGUCACGCGUACUCGAUCACGAAAGCGCAAGCGGUGGACAUCGAGACACCACGGGUGAAGGGAAAGAUCCAGCUGCUCCGCCUGCGCAAUCCGUGGGGAAACCAUAACGAAUGGAACGGUGCCUGGUCGGACAAAAGUGCCGAGUGGCGUUAUAUUUCGGAAGAGUCCAAAACCGCGCUGGGCCUUACUUUUGAGGUAGACGGCGAGUUCUGGAUGUCGUAUCCUGACUUCCUCAAGUACUUCGAGCGCGUGGAGAUGUGUCACCUUAGCCCAGAUUGUCCAAUCGCGCAGCAGCAAGGACGGUUCGCCUGGAAGCAGUCGUCCUUCGAAGGCGAAUGGGUACGGGGAAGUACGGCCGGGGGUUGUCGCAACUUUCCGGACACUUUCUGGCACAACCCACAGUACAUUGUCAACCUCGAGGAUCCGGACGAGGACGAUGACGAGCAACAGUGUACGAUGAUCGUGUCACUGAUCCAGAAGAACCGUCGUUCGAAACGCAAUAAAGGAAUCGAGUGCCUAACCAUCGGUUUCGCUGUUUAUCGCGUGGAACUGACCGAUCUAAAGCAGAAGCCACUGCCAAAAUCAUUUUUCAUAAAUCAAUUAUCGGCCGCGAAAUCUACGUUCAUUAAUAUGCGUGAGGUAACGUGCCGCUUCAGAUUUAACCCGGGCAUGUACGUCAUCGUGCCGUCAACCUACGACCCGAACGAGGAGGGCGAGUUUAUGAUCCGAGUGUUUUCCGAGACAGCCAGCAACAUGAAGGAAAAUGACAGCACUAUCGGUGUUGGUGAUCUCGAAUCUUCGGUAACGGAUGCGCAAAGGAUGACAAUGGAGCGUCUGUUCGUAGAGGUGGCAGGAGAGGAUGGCGAGGUGGAUUGGAUGGAACUGAAACUGGUGCUCGAUCGCUGUUUCCGGGAGGACCUGACGAACUCUGGCUUUUCGAAGGACGCCUGUCGAUCGAUGGUAGCAAUGUUGGACGAUGACGGAUCGGGCAAACUGGGCCUAAUCGAGUUUCAGAAGCUACUGACAGACAUUGCCCGCUGGAAGGCCGUCUUUAAGCAGUAUGACACCAAUCAGAGUGGACAUCUCAACCCGUUUGAGCUUCGGUCAGCCUUGCAGUCGGCAGGAUAUACGCUGAACAAUCAUAUUGUGAAUAUGCUGAUGCAUCGGUACGGGUCGAAGGAGGCUGAAAUCUGGUUCGAUGAUUUUAUUACUUGUGCUGUUAAGAUCCGCACCAUGUUCGAUAUUUUCCGAGCACGAGAUGUCUUUAAACGCAAUGAAGCGAAGUUUACACUAGAGGAAUGGAUAGUGAAAACCAUCUACUCGUGAAGUGGCCAAAAAAUC